UCCGGAUGUGGCGCGAGGCGGAAAUGUCGAGGGAAGCAGCCUCAGGGACGCGUGCGCGGGGAAGAUGAAGCUCUUGGAGAAAUUGCCGGCGGCCGACACAGCGAAGUUCUUUCACAAAGUCAUUGAUGGGCUAUGCGGCCAUGUUUUCCCUCAGUAUCAGGACUAUAACACUAUUUGGAAUUUGACAGAAUGGAUGGAGGUUCUAGAACAAACUGCAUCAUACUUCAGGAGAACAGUUGGAAAAGACCUUUCUGAUGAAGAGGCUGUUUGGCCAUUGGCCGAGUUAAAUUCUGACACUCAAAGAGCAGUGCUGACUUGUUUGAAAGGCAGAAAACCUGAUAUCAGGCAUGCCUUGAUUGAAAAAACAAAUGCCAUUUGUUCUACACAGCUCCUGAAUUUUGACUGGCAGCUAAAGCUUGCGCUUUCUAGCGAUAAGUUGUCCACGCUCCAGAUGCCACUUUUAAACCUUGAUCUGGAUUUGUCUGACAGUGGUGACGUCAAGUUUCUCUCUGUUGAAAUGAAUAAAGAAGAGUUACAGACUCUAAUAAACGCACUGGAAGCGGCAAACAAGGUUGUUUUACAACUAAAAUGAUUCCAAGCAACCUCAGAGCCUCCCAGUCAUGAAAAACAGGACAUUUAUUCUAAAAUACAAAAGGAAAUGUUUUUCUGUGAUGCUAAGGUCAGCACAUAAAAGAAGAUGAGGAAUUUUAAUCACAAGCUUAUCAAGAAUCAGACUGAUAAUCUGCUUUAGACCAAAAUCAAUUAAGUACAUUUACAAUUAAGUCGCAGAAAUGUGCAGUGGAACAAAGCUUUCUUGGAUUGUUACAGUUAUGUCUGAAAAGUUUUGAAGAACUGAAGGUGCUGAAAAUUCACUGGAUGUCUUACAAUAGCAGAAGUUGUGUCAAAAUACUUAGUGUGAAAUUUCUUUUUCCAAUUUGGGAUUUAUUUAAAGUUAUUAGGAUUACCAUGUGGUUGUCAUACUUACAAGCAAAAUACCUUUGCUUCUGAAUUGCAUAGGGACAAUGUUUUCUAGUCCAAAUUCAGCUCUGUCCUCAAAUACAAAGGAGCAUAUCCACUUAAUUAAGCAUAUCAGAUUGAAGGUGGCAUUAUGAGCACUCCCAUCCAUGUCAAGUAGACUUUUGACAUUAGAGUAAUACUUGUAUGUGGGAGAAAUCAAUACUUUUAUAACUGGGUAUAUCUGAAAUGAAUGGAACAUAAGCUGUCAAGUAUGUCACAGAAUUGAUGCAAUGUUGUAUCUUAGUUCUGUCUGAUUAGACCAGAUUUAUUAUUCUAUUUCUGGGUGGAUCAAAUUUAGAUGUGUUCUUUUGGUCAUGAGAUAUUUUAAGUUUGAGCUACAGAAUAGCAACAAAAUGAUUAUUGCAAAACUCAAGCCCACGUAACAUCCGCUGCUAUUGUUAAAUCCAAGCUUACAUAAUUCUACUUGUGGAAAUGUAAAUGUUAACAUACUAUUCCCUCUUGAAAGCAAAAUGCAGUAAAUGUUUGUAAAAGGCUAUAAAUAAAUUUCUUAAAUGAA